AUGGAGAUGUGUGCAGCUGAUGGAAGAGAGAGAACUAGAACAGCUUCUUUACUGAGAGAACCAGUACAUGAUAAGGACACAAAGGAAAGCCUUGGUGCUCAGAACGACAAGGAGCCAGGAUGGAGGAAAUUAUUAGCCUAUGUUGGACCAGGCUUUCUUGUGUCACUAGCCUAUCUUGAUCCUGGAAACUUGGAAACUGAUUUACAAGCAGGAUCCAGCCACAAAUAUGAGCUAUUGUGGGUCAUACUGGUUGGGCUAGUUUUCGCCCUGAUAAUUCAGUCCCUGGCAGCAAAUCUUGGUGUAACUACAGGGAAGCAUCUUGCUGAAAUUUGCAAGAUUGAAUACCCAAAAUAUGUAAAGUUCUGUUUAUGGCUACUGGCUGAGCUUGCAGUCAUCGCUGCAGAUAUCCCUGAAGUGAUCGGUACAGCUUUUGCUCUCAACAUAUUGUUUCACAUUCCGGUAUGGACUGGAGUACUUAUCACUGGAUUGAGCACACUUCUACUAUUGGGAUUGCAAAGAUAUGGGGUUCGAAAACUAGAGCUUUUGGUGUCUCUUUUAGUGUUUGUAAUGGCUGCCUGCUACUUUGGAGAAAUGAGCUAUGUAAAACCACCUGCUACUGAGGUUAUUAAAGGAUUGUUUGUGCCCAAGCUCAAAGGGAAUGGUGCUACUGGAGAUGCCAUUGCUCUUGUUGGAGCUCUUGUUAUGCCGCAUAAUCUUUUUCUGCACUCGGCACUGGUCCUUUCAAGGAAGACUCCACAGUCGACAAGAGGAAUCAAUUGUGCUUGUAGAUAUUUCCUUUUGGAGAGUGGUUUCGCAUUAUUUGUUGCUUUGCUGAUCAACAUUGCUGUGAUAUCUGUUUCUGGCACUGUUUGCCAUUCCUCAAAUUUGACACCGGAGAACAUAGAUCAAUGCAGCGAUCUGACCCUAAAUUCAGCAUCUUUCUUGCUAAAGAAUGUUUUAGGAAAGUCAAGUUCAACGAUAUAUGCUAUUGCGUUGCUAGCUUCAGGCCAAAGCUCCACCAUAACCGGUACAUAUGCUGGUCAAUUCAUCAUGCAGGGUUUCCUUGACAUCAAAAUGAGAAAGUGGCUGAGGAACCUUAUGACUCGAAGCAUUGCAAUUGUCCCCAGCCUUAUCGUCUCCAUUAUUGGUGGCUCUGCAGGUGCUGGACGUCUUAUUAUCAUCGCAUCGAUGGUUCUCUCUUUUGAGCUACCGUUUGCUCUUAUCCCCCUUCUAAAAUUCAGCAGCAGCAAAAUAAAGAUGGGGCCACACAAGAACUCAAUUUACAUUAUCACCAUAUCAUGGAUUCUCGGAGCGCUUAUAAUAGGAAUAAAUAUCUAUUACCUAAGUACAGGCUUCAUUGAUUGGAUAAUCCACAACAGCCUGCCAAAGGUUGCAAACGUGUUUAUUGGCAUCAUAGUGUUCCCUCUAAUGGCAAUAUAUAUCCUCUCUGUGCUCUAUCUCACCUUUAGAAAGGACACUGCUGUCACAUUUACCGAUGCAUCUGAGAUUGAGAAGGGGAUGCACAAUCGAUCUACUGAGGUGGUUCCUUAUAGAGAAGAUCUUGCAGAUAUUCCAUUCCCUGAAUAA